AUUAUCCCUACCGGUAACACUUGGACCGUUCCAAGAUGGCGGGCUAAUAAUACGAGAUUGUUGCAUUUUGAUCGCUGUCGAAAAGUUUAUUUUGUGCGGGCGAAAUGGCCUUCCAGCUACGGUUCCUGAAGCCGACCUGCAGCAGCAUCGUGCCGAGAACGAGCUCGUGCCGGGUCGGGCGGCAUUUCGGCUCGCACGAGGCCCGGAUCUCCGAGAAACCGUCCUGUGGCGAGCUUUCUAGAACCGCAGAGGUUGGUAAGCAGAUAUGUAGCAGCAGUGUCAGUGUGACGGGACACCCACAAUGCACCAGUGGCAGGCUGACAUGCGCCCUUCCUCCCUGUGGGCUUCAACAAGUCACCUGUACCAGACUCGGAACGCUCGUACGCGAAGAUCAGAAACUGGACUUCCGUUGUGCAGGAAACGAUGGCAGACACUCGCACAGAUGGAGUUCUGUGGCGAAAGAACACAGUCCCAUGUCACUGAUGGUUUUACCGGACGGAACCCUUCUGCAACCCUUCAUCUUUGUCAGUCCUGGGAAACCUGCCAAAGGAGAGCAAAAUAUCUUGAAGGAAACUGUUGAGGAACCUUUUCUUUCAUCUGCAAAUGGAAAACACAAGUCAAAUAAAGAGGCAGGCUCAGAAAAGGGGUAUUUUGACUCUGAUAUUGUUAAUGAGACAAUUUCAAGUCUGUUAGCUCAAUUUGAGGACAUUUUUAAGGACAAUGUCAUCGCUAGGGAAGUACAGAAGGUGACGAUGUUGCCGUCACAACAGCUGCUACCAUGGCAACAGGACAAAGCCGUGAAAUCUGGAGAUGUUAUAGGGGAUAUGGACGUCAUGAUGUCUGUGGAAGUUAAAAAACAGGAGAAGAGACAUGAACUUCAGAUGACCUCCGACAACAAGGUCACGGGACCGUCAGACAACAGAGUAACGGAGGAACAGUUGGCAGAGGUGCGCGCCAAGCUGGCUGAACAGAUGCCACAGUUCUUCCGUGGUAACCAUGACUACAGAAUGUACCAUCCUGACGUGGUCUUCAUCAACGACUUCCUCAGUAUGACCACAAAAGGCCGUACAACGUACCAGGCGGUCCUGAUGUUACUGAGGCUGGCUGCGUGGAUCUACUACGCAGAUGUACGACUGGAGGUGCUGAAGCUUACCCACGAGGUGCAGGAUGGUACGGUCCAGGCUCGCUGGCGUGUUCAUGGCCUCCCACUGCACCUGCUGAUGCUCAGGUUCUGGAGAAAGGACAAGUCUGGACUCUACAGAUCGAUCGAUGCGUUCUCCAUGUUUACUGUGGGGCCGGAUGGACAAAUCACCAGACACCACUGCUCAAAGAUGAUGCCAGACCCAGGGAAGUACCGGCGUGUGGUGAGCCUGUGGGAGCGCAUAGUCGGCCUGAGAGUCCGCCCAGCCGCCACACUCAGCAUGGAACCCACCUCUCUCUCACUCACUGCGCCGAAGGGGUCAAAGGCAGCCGGGCAGGUGUACUGAGUCUUGGGGACAUUGUUGAUGUAAAACUGGUCAAAUUUAGGCUCAGAAAGAUGCUGAAUUCAGGCCUAGGAAGAAAUGUUAUGUCUCCUGGUCAAGAUCUAAUACCUGAGAAAGAAAUGAGAUUUAUCUGUUUGGUGCAUCCAAUAAUCUGACUUUUUUUCUAGCAUUGGGAUGGGAAACAAUUAAGUAGAUUAACAUACCCAUAAACUUAGGCCUGCAGCUGUCUAAGGCCAAUGGCUGGUACAGAACCGCCACACUUAGUAUGGAGCCCACUUCUCUCUCACUCACUGUGCCCAAGGGGCAGGGCAGACGGGCAGGUGUACUGAAUUAUCGGGACAUUGGUGAUCAGGGUUCUAACCAGCUUGUUGGUGAAUGAAGUUUCAGAUGAAAAAUAUUUUCUCUGUAUCUUUACUCUAAAGCUGCCAUGAUUUCAUUAUCAUUGAGAAAAUGUCUGAAGUCUAUAUUAAAUUGGACCUUGUCAGUCUUCCAGCAUCUUUCACUCAGUGGAACUGAUCUACUGAUUCUACUGGAAGCUGUCAACAUAAACAUUGUCUCCUUUGCUGUGAAAAGGCAACAGAGAAGAAAAUCAAAGGAUGACAAAAUAAGUUGAAAAAAUUAAAUGCACAGUCUGUGAUAAUGGUAAAAUAGGUAGAAUACCUCUGGCAUUCUAGUAUUUACAAAUCUGUCAUACUGGGCACUGUAUUGUGUUUACCAACUAUAUACCAACUCCUGGAAUUCUAUGUUGUUUUGUUGCGUACAAAAACAAAACUAAUAAAAAACCCCGAAUUAUUAAGCAAAUCUAUGUGGGUAUAUUGACAUUUUCUAUACAGUCUUUCUACAAUGUAGAACAGUAGUAUGUUUUUUUUGUAUAGCAAAAAAAGUGUACAUGCACUUUAAGAUGGUAUAAAAUUGUCAACAUUUGACUAUACAAAACAAUCUUGACACUGUUAUUGAACAAUAUGUGUCACACAUUGUAUCAUUCUAUCAGUAGUUUGGCACAUAGAUAUCAGGUGAUUUUUUUUCUGCAAGUUCAAGUGAUGAAAGAAGUUUGAAGUGCAUAGAAUGUACUUUGCGUGUAUGGUAUAUCUUUUUUAUUAACAAAAUAUGGCCUGCAGUCCCCAGCUAUGUAACUAGGGGGCAAUUUUGCUGCUUGCAGUGCUUGUGAUCACAAGAUUUACCAAUCGUAGUACAUGUACGUAGCUCUGCUUUUGGCCACCCCAGUUAAGUAUAAAGUGUCUCACAUAUGCACAUGUAGUACUGAAACAGGGUAACUGCAAAUGUAUAACAUAUACACUAGAGUUGUAUAUCUUACCUACUGUAUCUAAUGAUGAUUACAAAAUCUAUUCUGUUCUGUUUUGGGGUGAUUUUAUUUUUUCAGAUCCAGCCACUGUUCAUGAUACUAAUUUCCCUCCUCAUGCAAAAUUAAGUCCCCACAUACAAUUUUAAAGUACAUGGAUUUACAGGAAGACCUUUACAUUUAAGGGAAACAACUUUGAGAGGUGAGAUGAACACAAAUUCGCACUUAAUCUAGGAUGAAAUAACUUGCACAAUCAGUUUUAUAUGUCACUGCCUCUUUGAGGGUCUCAUACUUCAUAGUAUGUUAUAUACUGGCAGUGACAAAGACACCACUAACUUUCAGUCUUAAGUACCUGCAGUUUGGCGCCGAAUUGAUUUUGUUAUGGGUUUAGACAACAGGGAGGAGGUUGGACAGAAAAUGCUGGCAUGGCUGACACUUACAGCUGCUAGAUGAAAUGUCUUGGAAGUAUGAUUCUCAUUUGGACAGAAUGAUAUGCAUGGAUAACAUGUAUGGCUAUGCUGUGGAUUGUACAUUUAUGGUUGUAUGUGAGAAGAUAUAUAUGCAGAGAUAAAGUUACACCAUGGUAAGGAUGUGACAGUUUUUGUAUUUUUACCUAAAUAAUCUGGACUGUUACAAAUAAAAGUAUGAAAGAU